UUGUUAUGACUGUUACAAGAUACAGGAAUUGAAUGUAAUUGAAUGUAGCUUGAUACGGUCAGUGAGUGGCUGUUGAUCCUCCCUCCUGCGGGGGCGGUGUUUCAGUGCUGGUUUUAAUUCUCUGUGUGGAGUUUUUGGGGGAGGGUGGUUGAAGUCAGCUUUAAUGCUUUAUUUGUUGCUGAUGAUCAUGAUGAUUUGGGUUCUGUAAAAAAUAAUGGGUUUUCUGAGGGGUUUUAUGUAGUAAAAUCAGUGAUCUGAGCUGCUGAUUCCCGUGUAAUAAAGCGUAACUCUGCCUUAAACACCCCCCGCCCCGCUGCUCUGCUGCCCGGGCUGCGCUGCUGCUGCCGCGGCGGAGCGGAGAGAUGGUCCGGGUGCGGAGGCGCCGCGCCGCCGCGCUCUCAGUAAUAAACUCUCCCCCGGCGCUCUGGAUCCUCUCAGUGGCCGCAGUGCUGCUUCAGGAGGCGGGCGUGUGUGGAGCCUGCGCCGCCGCGGAGGGGCUGCUGCUCUGCAGGUCCUGCGGGCAUGAGGUGGCUCUGGAGCGGGACGUGAGCUUCGUGCCCAGCCGCCUGGCUCUCUCUCACCGGAACAACACGGUGCUCGGGGAGCGGAGGAUCACCGUGCAGCUCUUCGAGAACCCGCAGGGCUUCCAGUACGAGGUGCUCACCUUAAAAAAGGCGGACGUGCUGAAGCACUGGCCGGCGGAUAAACAUUUCACCUGGUUUCCGGGCUUCUCGUGGACUGUAGCCACCUGCCCGCGAUGCAAAACACACCUAGGCUGGGCCUUCCAACCAACCGAUUGGCCUCAGACAGUAACAAGGCAGGACUUUGAGGACUCGGAUCAGACUUUUGUGGCGCUUAUUGUACAGAGACUACUGCAGGAGCAGUUCGCCUCCACACUUCUGAUGACCCCAAACUCUUUUAGAAGUUGACAGAAAAUUCUCUUCUUUAAUUUCCACUCAAAAGGGCUUAUUAAAAACGAAAGGGCUUUAAAAACACCACCAGUCCCUUUCCCCUUUACAAAAACACACAGAAACCCACCCAAUAAAACUUUUGUUACCCCUUUCAUCCGUCUCAGCCAAUGACUGUAUACAAGCUAUUAGAGUUGGAGAAGUCUCAAACAUGGUGUUCACAUUUAAGUUUUAUUUUAAACAAAGCAAACUCAACAGCUAGUUUUCUCCUGUGAGAAGUUGAUAAGGUUAGUAGAACAUACACCACACAAAACUUAGGCUAACCGAGGCAGUGGGGGGCCAAAAUUUACAAGCAUGAUUUUUUUAAACUUUUUUUUUUUUGAAGAUUUUAUUUUUCUUUAUCAAAAACGUCAUUUCAAAUCUGAUGAAUGUCUGUAAAACAAGACGAGAUUUAAAAAACCAAAACAAAAGGAAAAAUCCAAACCGUGUCCAAAUACCCUCUUCUUUCCUCCCUCAGCCCUCACUGAGACUUGAGCCCUCCUGAACUGACAAAAGGUUACAGAGGGGACGGGAACUCAGCCUGUGAUCUAUAUCUGUUGCUGAAACCACAAGCUUAGAAGAAAAACUUAACCAGAAGGAAAUAAUUCAUGAACAGGUUGUAACGCCAUGAGUAAAGUAACAAAGCCGUGAAGGAGGAUGCUAGUACUAGCACAUCACUACGCACCAUGGCUUUUGUUCAUUUAACCACACAAACAGGAAGAAUCCAUAUACAUUUAUAUAUAUAUAAAAGAAAACGCUAUUUGCAAGUCUACUCCAGACAGCGUGCUGCUGAUUCUACAGUGUGUUUUUUUUUAUACCUCAAAAUUUACUUGGGAACUGAGAUGUUAAAUGCCACAUUGGCAGUAUUUUGCAGUCAGUUUAUUGUGAGUCUCUUCUGGGAUGGGGGGAAUUCAAAAUGGCACUGUCAUGAUAAAGAACAGGAGAUGGAGCACAAAAACAACUUGGGGG